AAGAGCGGCUACCUUCGACAUCGAACUCGUCUACAAUAUCGCCUUUCAUCGAGCAUGCACGACGCACUAAGUGCCACACAAAUUAGUCACACAUUUCGUGCGGUGAACCGCACAUCCCGUCAACAUUCAAAGCAGACAUGACCGUCUUGACGAAGCCCACGCCGCACACCUCACAAGCGGAAGGUCCCACAUACCACCUGGACGAUGCUGAACAUCACGACUUCCCAGCUCCCCCCGUUUAUCAACCAAAUGCGCGCUUGAGGCGCGUCCAGGAAGCCCGACGGCGGCGGCUGACCGUUUGGCAGCCGCUGAUUGGCCGCAAUGUACCGGGUUCUCUAACGUCAUUGUCGAUGCCGCAACAUCGUGCACGAGCUCAAGUACGGACGACCCCUCCUGCUCGCGAAGGCUUUCCUUAUCUGACUUUUUCUGCGAAGCUGAAGCUGAAGCAGCUCCACACGCAUCGUGAUCGAUUUGGAAACUGGGAUCCGCAUAAUGGCAUCCGCGACCGGGAUACCUCAAUCCGCAUCCGCAGCGCGCGGCCAGAGCGAGGAGGAACCUCUCCUGGGCCAACGAGGCGACGCAAGCCAAACAGACGGCCAGCCACUGUACCACAAUCUAUGGAUAGGCACCGCCGCCGUCGCGCAAGGAGGCAUCUGGAUCCUCGCAGCCAUAAUCUGGGGCGCGAUCCUCUCGCAGAAAUUAAUCUUCUUCUCCGCACACCCCCUCCUUAACGCAGCGGGAUUCCUGCUCGCGAUCCAAGCCGCGCUGGUUCUACAGCCGACGCACACAGUAGCGCAAAAGCGGGCGGGUACGCUCGCACACGCGCUGCUGCACAGCGUGGGCACCGCGGCACUGACAGCAGGCCUCGUGGUCAUCGAGCUCAACAAGGCGGGGCCGGGGCACGAGCACUUUGCGUCGCCGCACGCGAGGCUGGGGCUGGCGUUCUACGUUCUGGUGUAUCUCCAGGCGCUCGUGGGUUUCACGCAGUACUAUGCGCCGGGCUUGUACGGCAGCGUCGAGAACGCGAAGAGUAUCUACAAGUACCAUAGGAUCGCCGGGUAUGUGAUUGCGACGCUGGGGCUGGCGACGAUUUGCGCGGCGUCGUGGACGGGGUAUAGUCUUAAUGUGGCGCAUAUUCAGCAUUGGGCUGUGAUUGUGGCGAGUGUGCUUGUGCUUGCGGGGAUGGUGCCGAGGAUUAGGUUGAGUAAGUUUGGGCUGAGGAGGUGAGGGGUGAGGAGGUGAGGGGAGGAGGCAAGGGGGUAAGGAGGCCGCGGGCAAAGAGUAGAGUGUGUGGGGUAGAUGGUGGAUUGGGUAUGUGUGAGAGUCGGGUUUGAACUGGGAGUCGAUGGAUUGGACGCAUGCAGAUGCGUGAUCUAUCGCCUUGCGCCGGACUGUUUGAGAAACGCAUACAAAUUUGCCUUGCGCCGUCUAUAGAACACGGAACAACAUUUGCCAUAGGAAAUGCAACAAGUACUCCAUUCCCGC